AUGGCUAUGGAAACAAAUCACCACACGGCGGCGCCACCUCCUUUGAGCGGUGCUGCGUGGUACGGUGUGGUGCGGCGUAGUGCGGGGCGUUGUGGACCGGCGCGUUGCGGCUUGGUGCGGGGCGGCGUGAUGCGGGACGGCGUGGUGCAGGGCGGCUUGGUACGGGGUGGUGCGCGCGGUGCGGGGGGUUGCGCAGUGCGGCGAGGGCCGUUCGACGCCGCUUGCGGCUUUAAUUAUAAUACAAUUCCCUACUAUGAACUGAACCACGUGUGGCACGGAGGCCACGGACACACCACACUUCUGUCGGAAAGGACUAAAGGAAUCAUUAACAUGUCCAAAAGAAGCUACGUCAAUUUGAAGAUACAGAUCCAGAACAACUGUACUCCUGAGCCAGCCCCAAAGCGGCUGAAGACCACGUCCCCAGAUGAAGGCUGCUUCUCUGCCUCCCGAGAGGACUGUGUGCGCAGGACCUCCGUGCCCUUUGACGAGGAUGUGGACAGCCUUUUGUGUCUGCAGGACAGAGGGGACGAUGGAUACUUCUCCCUGUCCUUUGAAGCACCACAGGAUGGUGUCCAAAGUCCAGAGGGGGUCCUCAAACUUGGACCUCCCCUGUUUGAGUCCUCACUGGUCGGUUGUGACUCUGGUGAUCAAAACUCUGUGAACCAGAGCCAGAACCAGAGUGAGUGGGAGUCCACUCUGCCUCUACAGGUGCAGGUCAAAUCUGUGGUGGUCCCUGUGAUCCCGGUGGUGCCUCUGGAGCGUCCUCCAGUAGAGAGAGCUGUUCGCCCACACAUACACAAUGAAGAGGAGAAAAAAAGAAACUAUAUCAAUGCUGUGUCAAGGCACAUGAGGGAGCGGCCCCCCAACCAAGGUGUGUUGGGGGAGCUCAUGAACCUCAUGUCUGCUGUGGCACACGAUGGAAGCACACAGCGGCCACAUCCCUCAGACCUGACCAGAAGAAAUUAUGUACAAAGGUUUAAACCCACCCGAGUGUCACUUCAAGAUUAUGAUAAAAGCUUGGACUUCACCUACAAGCGAUUUGCCGGAAUCCCAAAGCUCUUCAGACGCUGCUAA